GUCAGAGUCAGAGAGUGUCAGUUCAGUUGGAUAACUGAUAACUUCUAUAAUAAGUGAAAGGGGAAGACAAUGGGAGUUGUUGUUGUUGCUGACAUAUUUAUAAAGAAAUUAAAAGUUGGGAAAAUGUCUUCGUCAUAUUCCUAGUUUACACUAGAAAUUAUCAAUAUAGUUUUCUAUUGUUGUUAUACAGUACGUGUUCACUCAGUCUACCAACAUUUUACUUUCCACAUUAACUGUAAAGAAUGGCUUCAUCAGACUCAGAACGUUCUAUUGCUGGAAUUUCCCUCCCACAGUGGAUGAAAAAUAAGAUCAACGACCGUUACGACUUGGACCAAAACACUUUCUCGCCACCCACAGAAGACGACAGUUUCUUUUUUAUCAGAUACCCCAAAACGGAUUCAGGACCAAAGCAAAUUGAAAAUGACAACCAUCACGGACCAAUAUACAGGAACCUCAGUGAAGUACUGGAAAACCACACAUUGCCUUGCCAGGAGUUCAUACCCGCUGCUAAGUCAACCCCACGGGAGUUGGGGUUGAAACGGGGCCCAUUGGAGCCGCCUCUGGGAAAGCCCAAGUCUACAGGGACAGACGACGGGUUCCAUAGUGCAGCAGCAGCGUGUGGCCACUCUGUAGUGGCUGUGGCUCAUCAGAUCAUAGCGGGGGGCAAACUACUGCCCCGCUACCCUCGCCAAAACUCCUCCUCUAGCCUGGAACCUGAUGAUGAGCCGGCCACUCCCCCCGCCUCUCACAUGCUGGCCAGACGCCGAGGCAGCAAGUCUCUUCCCUCCAGUCCACAGACAUCCCCCAAGACACUGAGGAAGAAUCCGUACUUCACCAAUGUUUUGUUGGGUUCAUCAGACAAUGUGUCGGAUGCACAUCAGUGCCGUGGGUGGUUGCUGUCGUAUGUCAAGGAGUCCAAGAGUUUGCGUGGUUCAUUGUCUGACCUCAAGAUAGCAGAGGAGAGUGAUAGCCCAGUCCCGGCUCCCCAGCCUAAGAUCAUCAAACCCAAACAGGUCAAGCCAAAACCUUCUCAGCUGCGUGAAAUGAACUUCUGGUCUCCAACCUCCAUGUAGUCAUUUUAUAUUUAUUUUAUUUAUGCAAUAAUCUUAGACUGGUGUCAACAAUGUUCUACACACUAUUUUACAAACACUCGUUCCAUAUUUUAUUCACUUUCUCUUUCUGGUAUUUUACUUUGCCACUAAUUUAAUUUACUACUUAAUAAAUUAUUUUUAUUUAUUUAAUGUGAUAUCAAAACUUAUUUAUUUUUAGGCUACGAUUGAAUCCCAGUUUAAAUUGGAUUUUGAGGUUUCAAUAUGUAUGGUUUCUAAUGAGACUAAGUCAAAGUUUUUGUUUUCCGGUUAGAAAUGCAAUAAUUUAAGGUGUUGAAUAUUGCCAGUUAGACUGUUCUUUGAGACAGAAUUUGUAUUUUAUGUCUUUCUUUUUAUCCAUUCUUUUAAGUGCUGGAUGUAUUUUUGGCAUGUUGCACCACGAUAUCAUAAUAUUACAAAGCAUAUUUGUGUUAUGUAUUAUCGUUUUCAAAUAGUUUUAAAAGUAGCAGUUUUUAAAAAUGACUUCAAUUUGUUAAUAACAUUGUUUUGCGUUUAUAUAUUUGGACUGUUGUUACAUCGGUUUAGUACGGUUUUCAAUUAAAUUAUUUAUAAUGAGUUAGUUGAGGUAUUUACAGAAUAUUAUGUAUAAACAAGCAUGUUGACUGAUAUUAUGUAUUUUAUACUCAUAAUAAAAAAUUGUGGUUUAAUGUUAAAACUACUUAUAAGGAGAUUGAAAAAAUUGGAUUGUUUUCUUCAUAUAAAAAUCUAAUUUCACUAAAAGUAAAUGUUGUCCCCAGUGUUUAAUAAAUAUUGAUAUGUAUAUAUUGUGUAAACAGAAGCUAUAAAUAUUUUUAUUUUUGCACACUAGAGUGUAGGCCUAAACAGUAUGUAUGUUGUGUCUUGUGGUUAUCAGUGGAUGCGCCAAGCCUCUAAUGCAAUAAUGUGCUUGGUGACUGAGUGAUUUUACUCUUUACCUUUUUUGUUUUUCUGUUAUUUUCUUUACAGUGUGAUCUGUCUUUUUUUAAUAAAAAGAAUUCUUCAAA